UGUGACGCCGACGUGGGACUUGAGCUUGACCAUCAACACAUCCGCAUCUGAGACAAGACAGUCGAUUUAAUAUUCCUACCGAGGGCAGACAUUAAUAUGUCAGAAAAGAAGAAGGCAAGCCACGAAGUUGGGCUCCGCUUUUUUGGGUUUCUCAGGGAAACCGAUCGAGCAGCCAUUCGAGCUCGAGCCGAACUGAAGGACAUUUAUAACAACGAGUUCAAAGCAGCGAACGAGACCAAAGUUCCAAACUUCAGCAGUGUCCUGUUUGCCUUGAAAAUGUCGAAGAAAAUUCAAGUGGGUCGCGAUUAUAUUUUCGUCAGGUCCAGGGCGAGAGCGCUUCUUGUAGACCAGUGGUACACACCCAACAGGCCGAGACCGCAGGAGGCCUCGAAUGGAGCAGCCCGUCCAUCUCCAGCUUCAGCUCCAUCUUCAGGUCAGCCUGCCAUGUCUGCAGAUGAACAAAACAAGAGAUUUGCCCAGCUCCUUGUGGAACAACUCAAUACAAACAGGCUUCACUACAUUGCGGAUAAAAACGGCAUUGUCAUCACAUCAAACCAUCACUUCAAUGACGGAUCAAUUUGUAUCGAAUUACAAAAAUCGGAGUGUGUGGUGAAACUAACUGUAGAAAACACUGGAACCGAAACUGUGGAUUUUAUCUACUACACCGUGUUGCACAAACUCGCUUGCUUCUCACUCUGUGAUGAGCACAAAGUGACCAGAAAAAACCCACUUGCACUCAAACCAGGUGACACCUAUGAAAUCCAGGUUCUCUUCCAGAUGAAGUGUGCCGGCAACUACCCAGCAACGUUGGCAUUCGAAUUCCAACAAGACUGGGAAUCGUCCCAAUCGUCAUUCCACAUUGUGCGUUAUAUUCAGGUUCACUAUGUGAGCACUCUGGGAAUGGAGCUGAAGCCGGUGGCACCUUUCAAACGCUCCCUUCCUAGCCGUUCGGCUGUGUUGGAAUGCAAGAUCCUGCACGGGCAACCACCUGAAGGGAUGUCAGAGAAUAAACUAAAAAAUGAAACUCCACUUGGCCUCUACCCAAUGCCAGAACACAUGCCCGUCCUAAUCCAGUCUCUGAAGAAUCGCACUCACUCUGCUAAAAGAGAUUUGCUGCAACGCAGUUUGACUUUUGAGAACUACGCCGCCAAGUUCCAUCUGAUGUUGUAUCUGGAGGAGCAUCAGAUGCAGGUGGACAUCAGGCGAUACUUCAUACCCAACAGCGACAUGACGUACGCCACCAUGGAGCGAGACGGGAAGCUGUUGAUUCUGAAGAUCCCUGGUCUGUCUGAGAACCGCCCUUCUGUGCUGCGAGGGGAUAGACUGAUAGUUUACCCCCAAGAAGAAACUACUGUAAAGUACUGUGGUUACGUCCACAAAGUAGAAAGGGACUGGGUCAAACUGGGAUUUCACUCAAAGUUGUUGGAUCAAUUUAUCGACGGCAUGAAGUUCAGCGUGGAGUUCGUAAUCAACCGUCUCAUGCUACGUGUGCAGCACAGAGCGGUGGACCUUGCAAUCAAAUCCGGACUCGGAGAAGUGUUAUUCCCGCAGAGGAAGCGCAACUUAAAGGUUCCUGAGCUCCCCGCACUCAAAUUAUACGACAGAAAGUUGGAGGAUAACCCCGAGCAGUAUAAAGCGGUGUGUCAUAUCGUAGCUGGCACCUCCAAACCUGCUCCGUACCUGGUGUUUGGACCACCCGGCACUGGUAAAACUGUCACUUUGGUGGAGGCCGUCAAGCAGAUCGUGAAGACCCAGCCGCAUUGCCGCGUUUUAGCCUGCGCUCCCUCCAACAGUGCGACUGAUCUCCUCUGCCUGAGGAUUUCAGAACAUGUGGAUAAGCGUUAUUUGUACCGCAUGUACGCUUGCAGCCGUGAUCCACAAUGCGUCCCCAAGGAACUCAAGGCAUGUUGUAACCUGAACGGGGAGAUUUACAUUUUUCCUCCCAAAGAGGACCUGAUGAAGUAUAGAGUCAUUGUCACCACUCUGAUCACCGCCGGAAGACUGGUCUCAGGAAACCUCCCCAUCGGUCAUUUCACUCACUUUUUUGUGGAUGAGGCCGGACACGCCAUGGAGCCCGAAUGUUUGAUUCCACUGGCUGGGUUGCUGGAUCCAAAGACCGGGCAGGUGGUCCUAGCUGGAGACCACAAGCAGCUUGGACCGAUUGUCUCAUCGCCCCUCGCUCAAGGAUUUGGAAUGGACAUUUCCCUCUUGGAAAGACUGAUGAAAGAUGUUCCUCUGUAUCAGAAGCAGGAUGAUGUGUUCGACAACAACUUUGUCACCAAAUUGCUGCGUAAUUACAGGUCCCACCCGGCCAUUUUGAAAAUUCCCAACGAGCUCUUCUACGAUGGAGAGCUCCAGGCCUGCGCCGAUGAAAUUAAACGCAGCUACUUCUGCAAAUGGGAACACCUGAAACAAAUGGACUUCCCGGUGAUUUUCCACGGGGUGACAGGCCUCGAUGAACGAGAGGCCAACAGCCCGUCGUACUUCAACAGAGCGGAGGUGGAUGUGUUGAUGUACUACGUGAAAGAAGUACUGCAGAGCAGCGGCAAAAAGGGCAUGGCCCGCAUCUCUCCCAAAGACAUCGGCAUCAUCGCCCCCUACAGGAAACAAGUGCAGAAAAUCCGUCAGGCCCUGGAUAAAAUUGAGAAAGAUUUCAAAUUAAAGGACAUGGCAUCCCUGAAGGUUGGUUCCGUGGAGGAGUUCCAAGGUCAGGAGAAGAGAGUGAUUUUGGUGUCGGCGGUGCGGAGCAAUCGCAAAUACACCGAAUACGACAAAAAGUUCAACAUCGGCUUUGUCGCCAAUGCGAAGAGGUUCAAUGUGGCCGUGACGCGAGCCAAAGCCCUUCUGAUUUUGAUCGGAAACCCGUUUGUGCUCCAUGCCGAUCCGGUAUGGAAGCGCUUCAUAGAGUACUGUAGAGACGCAGGGGGCUACGAGAACUAUUAUCUCGAGGAAGAUGGUGAGGUCAAGGCAAGGCUCUCAGCUCUCUUCCAGAAGCUUGACCUCAAAGACGCCGGCGACUGUCGUCAGAUUGAGAUUUCCCAAGUCGAGCAGUGAUGAAAUUUGACAUCUGAAUGUGAACUCCAGAAAAUCACAACACACCGAUUUUAAUAAAUUAACCAGAAAAUGCAUCAUAACCUUCACAAUACAAUAAUUACUCCAGACUCCACAUAACAAAAAAAAAAAAUUUAUUAUUGAAUCACGAUGGUGUUUCCUCAAUGCAUUAUAGUACACUUUAUACUGAUAUUAAAUACAUAAAUCAACAAUAUCAAUGGAAUUUUUCCAGUGUCUUAUUUUCUACAGGAGGAUGGCAUGUUGGUCAUUAUUGUAUAGUAUUAUAUUGUACAAGUAUUAUAGCAGUAUCUUUGUAUGUGUGUCUCUUUAGGAAACAGUACGGACAAUCAAAAUCAAAAUCUUAAGACCAGUUGGAAAAAUUGCUAGAAUUUAAUUUUUGCAUAUUUGGUAAUGGUUGUAUUUCAUUUGAACAUGCAUCAGAUUACAAUUGAGUGCAUCAGGAGUAGGAAGAAGCAAAGCUUAUUAAAUCCUACCCCUCCAUUAGUAACUUUUACAUUUGUUCACUUCCUGCUUUCCUAAUUUUUUUUAAAUUUUUUUUUUAGGCAGAGCUACAACAUGAAAAAAGCAAAAAGGGGUGAGUCUGUGUACAUUUUCUCAUCAGAGAAUAUAAUUGUUUUGUGGCAGUUUUUAAACCUGUGGGACCUGUUAUGCUCAUUUUUUGACCCUUUUUUUUAUUAUUGAAGGUGUGGACUCCUAUAGAGCAGCUACACACAAUAACCCCGCACGGAAAACUGCACCUAUUCCAGCUGUAUUUCCUUUUAGAUUUGUGCUUCCGGCCAAAACGGUCUGUUUUCAUUUAUUGUUACAGAACUAUGAACCAUUAUAAGGAGGUCCGUCUCUCUGUGACAUCACAAAGGGGGCAGUUUUACCACGCCUCUUGAAACUAAGUGUUUUGAGCCAUCUCAAAACGUCUUUUAGGGCUCACUUCCGAAUGCGCAAAUCUGAUUAUGUGAAACUUUGGCAUUUUUUAAACACCAGGAUACAACAUUCUAACUAUAUUUAUAGGUCAGAAAAGUGGAAAAAUAAAAAUAGGUCCAGUUUUAAGAUUCUGAUCAGGUCAUUAUAGUAUACAGCGACACCAUGAUGCAUGCGUACUGCACGUUCGUGAGGGUGAGAUAUUCUAAGCCAAAGGGUCGAGAACCUUUUUGGCUAAGAGAGCCAUGAAGGCCAGAUAUUUUAAAAUGUGUAUCUGUGAGAGCCAUAUACAUUUUUUUAAACAUUGAAUGCAAUAAAAUGUGUGUAUUUUUAUGUAAGACCAACAGUUUUAGAUAUAAUGGGCUCUAAUUACGUAGACCAGGCACACUACCCCACGCUAAUGGGGUGUGGCCAGCACACUUUCGUGAGCAGCGCAGUGUCUAAUAAUAAAUCAAAUACUUGUUGCCAUUAAUGCAACUUCUGCUGCUGCAUGGUUUUGCACCAUACUCCGUACACAUAUUUCAUUCUUUUGGCCAUCUUCGUCAGAAGGCGUAGUUCUGCAGCUUUAGCUAGGUGACUAUUUGACUAAAGGAGGAAAGUUUACAUUUACAUGUUGACAUCUCAAUGACCGAGGUAGACUACCGCAUUACCCAGUAAUAAUCGAGUUUUGGUGUUUGACCUGGAAAAUAUCAUCAGGAAAGAUAGAUAUGGUCGGCCGUAUUGCAGUAGAAAAGAGAUGGACGGAUUAACCCUUGUAUUAUGUUACGGGUCAAUUUGACCCGUUUCAGUUUUUGUGUUGACCAAAGUACUGGUUAUCCUUUCUUUUUCUUCAUGAAAUUUUGUGACUUU